UGUGAUCCACAUAAAACGUACUGUAUUAAAUAAUUCCGGUUUAAUCGAACCGGAUAAAAUACACAUUUACAACUUUAUAGAAAUUAAAAAGUAAGCGAAAGUGAAGAGAAGAGUGGAUAAGACAACAUUAAAUUUCAAGAGGCUGAGAGAGAAAGGAACCAUGGCCGAAGCUGGUUGCUUCUCCUUCAUACCAGAAGACGUUGUCUUCAACAUCUUCUUCAAGCUCCAAGACGAUCCUCGAAACUGGGCUCGCCUCGCAUGCGUCUGCACCAAAUUCUCCUCGAUCGUUCGGAACGUCUGCUGUAAAAAACUGUGCUACUCUUCAAUCCCCACCGUCGUCUCCGAACUCCUCCCUUCUCCCUCCGCCGCUUCCGCUUCUUCGUCUCUUCCUCCUCCCGGCGGCUGGGCUUCUCUCUACAAACUCGCCGUCUGUUGUCCCGGUCUCCACCACGCCGGAAUCCUCCUCGAAAACUCCGAUUUCGGUUUGGAACGCGAGCUCGGUCCCGAUCAAAGCCUAGAUCCGAAACCUAAACCGGCGGGUCCGGGUCUAGUUUCGAAACAAAUCGGAUCCGGUUUAGAAACGCCGUCGUUUCACUCUGCUUCGAAACAAAUCGAAUCUGGUUUAGAAACGCCGUCGUUUCAGCCUGCUUCGAAACCACACGGACCUGGUUUAGUAGAAACGCCGUCGUUUCAGCCUGAUUCAAAACCAGUCGGAUCUGGUUCAGAAACGCCGUCGUUUCAGUCUGUCUCGAAACAAAUCGGAUCUGGUUUAGAGCCAACGACGCCGUUUAAGUCUGUUUCGAAACAAGUCGGAUCUAGUACAGAAACGCAGUCGUUUUGGUCACUCUACGACGAUCUCUACACAGACACACUCUCAGCUCCUCCAGAAGCUUCCGUCACCGAGCCACAAGAACCAACCGAACCCUCCGAGAUCCGACCCGGCCGGGGCGACCUCCCGGCCAAGAAACGCCGCAAGAUCUCCCGGUCACUCGGAUCCCACCUCGCUCACGGAGGAUGGAGCCUCAGCCGCGAGCAAGGCACCAAGCUCCUGGCGAGCAGGUUCCGCGGGGACUGUCUGUACAUAUGCAACUGGCCAGGGUGCAUCCACGUGGAGGAGAAGCGUAACUACAUGCUCUUCAGAGGCGUGUUCAAGGACUUCAAGAGGUCACGAGUGUGGAGGACGAUCAACGAAGACGGUGGCGGGAGGAGCAAGGUGACGGGGUUGAAGUGCGCGUUUUGUGCGUGUGAUGACACGUGGGAUAUGCACUCCUCGUUUUGUUUGAGGAGAGUGUUUGGGUUUCAUGAUGAUGGUGAGCCUGUUGUGAGGGCUUAUGUUUGUGAGAAUGGGCAUGUCUCUGGUGCUUGGACGGCUUUGCCUCUAUACACUUGAAAAAGCUAAAUGGUCGUGUCUGAAUGUCUUUUAUUUUUUUGAUGCUUUGUAGGAAACUGUGAUCCUAAUGUAUGUGUAAGAGACGAGAUUCAGUUUCAUCUUUGUUUUAUUAUCCGUUUGCUUUGGAUUGUUUGAUGUUUUGUAGGAACUGUUAGCGCUUGUGUUGUUGCAUUCUGAUUCAUGUAUAAGCUAUUACGUUGAUAAAAUUAAUGUGGUGGUUUUUAUAUGAAA